AUGGGAAUAAAGGGGCGUUGUAGUAACAAAUGCUAAUGCCCACAAAAUGGAUAAGUUUAAAAAAGAUCUGAAAAGGAAGGAAUUAAUUCCUAUAAAACUUCUGAUGUUUCUUAUUUAUGGAGGGCAAGCAACGCUAUAUCCAUACUUUACAGUACAUUUAAAAUCAUUAAAUGUAAGUAUUCAACAGACAGCAAUCAUAUUUGCUGUUCAACCUGUAAUAGCAUUAAUCGUAGCACCUAUGGUUGGCAUGGUCGCUGAUAAAAUAGGAAAUUUCAAGCUUAUCUUCAGUUUUUUCUUGACUUUUUCUGCAAUAACUUCAAAUUUACUUCUUCUAGUACCACCAGUGCCUCAAGCCAAGACCUCAUUUGAUUUCAAGUGCGAUUCUCAGUCUAAUUUUACCAUUAAGUCAGUAGUGAAAAAUUGUGCAUUUAAGCCAAAUUUUUAUAACAGGACUCAUAAUUUAGCACUGAAGGUUCAAUGUGAACAACAGUGUGAAAACUCAACCGCUUUACGUAUUUUACCCUUAAUACUAGAAAAGGAUGGGAGUGACUGUUAUAAUCACUGUGUCAACACAUCCAAGAGAGGCUGUGAACAUAUUCACGGUGAAACAACUUUAGAUAUGCAUUUGACAUUUUUAUUCAUCAACAACGGAAAUGAUACAGUUUCCAUUAAUGAUGAUUAUCAUUAUUCAUUAACUUAUGAAAAUGAAACAUUUAAUCGCGCAUGGUGUUCUUGCUCAUCUCCUGACUGCAAUACAAAAUGCAUCUUUUUGAAUCAAAACUCAGACAGCAUCUGUGAAGAAAUACAACCAGAGGAUACUUUUGGAAUUACUUUCUGGUCGUACCUCGGCAUAAGACUAGUUGUUACUUUGGGAAUAGGGCUUGUUAAUGGACUUUUCGAUUCAGCUUCGAUGACAAUCAUCCAUGAUCUCAAAGCAGAUGUUGGAUUUCAGCGGUUUUGGUCUACAGUUGGGAUGUGUUUGUUAGCUCCAAUUAGUGGUUAUUUUGUUGAUGAAUAUGACACUUUCAAACCCUGUUUUUUCAUGUAUGGUAUCCUGUAUCUCCUCGCAGCAGUCACUUCAUUAAGUCUCGAUCUUAGUAUGAAAAUACCGUCUGAUAAUCCCCUGAAGAAUUUAGCCGAUUUGAUUAAAAGUCCUGAAGUUGAUUUGCUCUUUAUUCAAAUAGCAGCAUUGGGAAUAUGUUGGGGAUUUUUAGAAAACUUCUUGUUUUGGUUUCUGGAAAGCGAAUUAGGUUCUAAUAAUCUGAUAAUGGGAUUAACGGUCACAGUAGGGAGUGGUACAGGCCUGUUCAUGGCUUUAAUUGCAACAUGGUUUACUCGGAAGAUCGGGUACGUCAAUGUCAUCAUUGUAGCAUUUGCUGCUUAUACCGUGAGAUUCUUAGGAUAUGCAUAUGCUCAAGAUGCAUAUUUCUGUUUAAUAUUUGAAAUGAUGGAAAAUUUCACAGUAACGCUAUUGACUGUUGGAGUUACGAUGUAUUGUACAGAGCUAGCUUCAAUGGAAAUGCUAACAACAGUUAUGACUCUUUGGAACGGAUUGCACGUCAUUUCUGGACGGGCCUUUGGAUCUCUUCUUGGAGGAUUUUUGGUAAGGAACCAUGGAUUUCGACAAACGUUCAGAUUCUUCGCUUAUGGAUGUGCUGGAUUUGGAUCAUUUUAUGCUUUGAUGUAUGUAACAUGGCUUCGUAAAUGGCGAAUAACACAUCGAAAGGCUUCGUCAGUUGAUCCUCGGCACAGUAGUUGCGGAUCGGACGAAUCUGCUAUGAAGAUGCAAGCAUUUUCAAGUUUUUCCUUGCACUGCAGUGUUGAUAGCCCUGGACUUCUGUCUUAUCCUCUGGAAUUCGUGGACGAAGAAUUUCGUCCAAGAGCAUUCAGUCAAAUUCCUGUUUCUACAAGAAAUAGUUUCAGUAAAGCUCGCGCUCUUCCGAGACAUGCGGUUAGUUUUAAUGAAGGCAAGUUGCAGAGACCACAUUUUACAGGACUGGAAACUGCACAGGACAGUACUGCACAAACCAGAAAUCGAAAAAUAAGUGUUGAAAAGUUGGACGAUAAAUUAGAGUCUGUAACAAGAUUUUGACUUCUAAUAAAUGGAUAUUUGUCUUUAUUUCUGAAAACUUUAAGUAAAAUUUAUUGAAAUGAGAUGCUAGAAAUAAAAAAUGUCUUCAGCGAUUCUACAAUAAAAUAGCGACUCAAAUAUCCUUAAAUUCAUGUCUGAAAAAAAAGAAAUUUA